AUGGGCUGCGCAGCGUCGACUGCGGAGAUUCCCAUCGAGUUGAGCGCAAAUCCCGACAUCGACAAGCUAAAGGUGUUCGAUUCGAAGUUCGUCGUCCCAGAGGGCAAGAACAUGAUGCUGCGCCUCCAGGCAAAAGUCUUCUCUUUCAGCGGAGACAGCUACAAGAUUGUCGAUGCAAACGAUUCGGGCAAGGUGAUGUUUCAAUGUCUCGGCAAGUUCCUGAACUUUGACGAGAAGCGUGUCAUCUGUGACGCUGAGGGAAUCCCCCUCUUCGUGAUCAAAGAGCCCCUCAUGCAGGUAGAUGACAAGCAGUACGUGUAUGCUGUAGACUCAGAUGGCAAACCCACACAGGAAAUGUUCCGCAUCGGGUCCAGCUUCGGCAACACGUCCCAGUACACAGAGAACUUGAAGAGCGCCACGGGCAAUCCCAUCCAGCUUAACGGCAAAAUGUCGAUCGCGAGCAUGAAGGGUGGAAUCUGGCUGGGAGACGUGAAGGUUGGGCAGCCCAUCGCCAAAGUCUGCAGUCCAGUCACCUACAAGGACUUCUUGCCUGACGAGUUCGACAGGAACGAGUACCUGCUGGAGAUCCCCCCUGGCGUGGACAGCGCGCUGGUGCUUGCCAUGGUCCUCGCUUAUGAGCAGAUGGAGCAGAGAGCCACCCCCUCCUGGCUCACCGGAAAGUCUUGCAGCUUCAUGACAGAGGAAUCUCCUCCUCUGAAGGGAGGCGCCUAUGUGGAUGCCUGGCUGCGAUGCAUGGGACGCUGCAGAGGCCGAUAUCCAGCAGCGGAACUUGGUGCGUUGGCUGCAGGGGCCCCCGGCAAGCCCAUGGAUGCGGAGACGCAGACUGCCACGAUCCCGCAGUCUGCGCAGACCGUGCAGACCGAUCCCGCACCGGCGCAGGAGGCCGAUGACCUUGCAGUCCUCGAGCUCGUGGUGCGACGGCUUGGCGGUUUCAUGCGCCAGCCGAGACAUUCGGGCAAGAAGGCAUGGACUCCCAAGCGGCUGAGCAGCGAUGGCCGCUUCCAUGUCUUGAUGAACACCCUCAGCAGCCGUCUGGACGAGAGCAACUCGCGCACUUUGGCGCUGCUCGCCGAUGCCGUGGUGCGUCUGGAGGUGAAGUCUCCAGAGGUGUCAGACCUCACGGAGCGCAUUGCAGAGGUGGCCACGCAGCGCCACAAUGCGAUCAGCCCUCAGGACCUCUCUAUUCUGGCUUGCGCACUUGCGGCCCAGCGUGUUCGUGGUCCUCCCACGGAUCGAACCGCAGGCCACCUGGGUUCUGCAGUUGCUUUCGUCCGCGCGGAAUCGCUGCGGCAGCUUCAGGACUUCCGCUUCGGCUCCUGCGUGCAUCUCAUGGAGGCCUUUCUACGCUGGGGAGUCGUGGAUGCUGAGUUGACCAACAUGGUGUUGGCGCGCGUGGAGGAUAUCUUGGACGAGGCCCUGUCCACACGUGACGUCACUGGGAUCUUGGAAGUUUUGGCCAAGCUUGGCCAGAUGCGCGCGACCAUCAUCCGCAAGCUUUGCCAGCUCACCUUUCGCAGCCUCUGGUCCUUCUCGCCGACUCAGCUUGUGUCCAUCAGUCACUCGCUUGCAAGAUUGCGCUUCCUGGCGCAGCGCGAUGUGGACGAGCUCCUCCAAGCUAUGACGCCGCAACUCGGGCUGCUUACGCGCCGCGAUACCGCGAGGCUCCUCUUCGCCCUGGCCCUGAGUGGCGUGACAUCACCCGUGGAAAUCUUCGGGGUCCUUGCAGCCCAGUAUGCAGCAGAAGCCCAAGAAUCUGACCCACGUGCGGACAUCGACGUGGCAUGGGCGCUGUGUGCGCUGGAGCUCUCGCAUAAAUACCGCUACGUGCUCGACGGCAUCCUGAAGCACUGCUCUCAAGAUCCAUCGCUGGUCGGGUCGACCAUCGCCCUCAUCAAGCUCAACGAUGUCCUGGCCUUCUUGGGAGUGGAGGAGGACGACCUGCGCCGGACUGCCGCCGCGGCGGCCAAGGAUGAGGCGCAGAGGCUGGCGGCCUCCCCGCAGCACAAGCAGGUUGCGCGGGUGUGGCGCCAGCCGUUUCCCGGCCAGCCGGAUUUGGAGUCUCCGAGAGUGCAAGCCGCUGUGGGCCCCUUUGUGGUUGACUUCUUUCACGAGAAGUCAGCUCUGGUGAUCGAUCUGGACUUGGUGACGUGGCCAAUCUCGCGCCGCGUCCGCCACCACACUCUCCGCGAGCUGGGUUACCGGACAGUGCUGCUCUCGCCCUGGGAUCUCAAAAAUCUGCGCACCGACGCGGAGCUUCUGG